GGGACGUCGUCAGCUGACCGUUUAAUCUGACCUCACGGCACACAGCAUGCCCAUCAUCCAAUUGUUGUGUACCUUAUCCGCACAUUCGCGCUCGCGGAUAACGAAAGCGUCUCAUAUAAGACGCCGGUCUCUUUAUUCAUUCCUUCUCUCGUCCCUUACGUUUUCCCUAACAAUCAUUACUACUAUUUCAUUUGUGCAGUAACCGUUGUAUCAGUAUGGCACGCGAGACACUAUCCUCGGCCGGGACCAGAUACAACAAAACGGCCGUGUUUACAGCCGAUGGGGUCCUUUUUGAUAUGGACGGAACUUUGACGGAUUCUAUUGCUGCUGUGGAAGCUGCGUGGACGGCCAAAGCGGAGGAAUUUGGCCUGGAACCGGAGGCUGUUAUCAAGGCCACACAUGGUCGACGGGCCAGUGACAAUCUUCAAGAUCUCAUUCCCAACCUUCGCAAGGAACAUAUCGAUCGCGAAGUUGAAAAGUUCGAACAGUCUAUUCUUGCCUUCGCAGACACCCCCCCUCGCUCUCGCCGUAGCUCCUCCGCCUCUUCCACCCGUACUUCGCGGUCUGACUCCCGAUCAAUGUCAGGAUCCAUGGGUCCACUCGCGCCUUUUACACCCAUGAGAAGCUGUACACCUGCAGCCACAAAGCCUUUCAGCACGGAUGAGGCUCUGAAUCUUACCAGCUUCAAACUGAGCGAGUCUAGGGGACUCGAACCUCAGUCGGAUGACUCUGUAUUUGAAGACGAAGCAGAUGAUCUCAUCGACAUGAGCGUCCGUAUCCUGCCAGGUGUAAGGAGUUUGAUCAAUUCUUUACCUCAAGAUAAGUACGCCAUCGCCACUUCUGGUGCUAAAACAUACUGUCAUGGAUGCCUGAACCGUACCGGAAUUACAAUUCCUAAAGUCUGCGUGACAGCCGAUGAUCCUAGACUCCUGCGAGGCAAACCUUUCCCUGAUCCCUUCUUGCUGGCAGCUGCUGAUCUUGGAAUCGACCCUACUCGCGCUGUCAUCUUUGAAGAUUCUCCUUCGGGUAUCAAAGCAGCCGUAGCAGCAGGAGCUACUGUUAUCGCGGUCUGCACAUCUCACCAACGCCACCAAAUCGAACACCUGGAUGCUCAUUUUGUGGUCGACACGAUGGAUCAGAUCGAAGUUGUGCAGGGAAAGGAUGGUCAGUUGGAGUUUACCAUUAGACAUUAGUCCAGGUCACCUUCCUUUCGCACCUUUCUUUCAAAAUUUGUAGCCAUUAGUACACAAUGUGUCGGGAGGAUUUUUAUAUUGGCGUAUUACUGUAUGACACUAAAAGGAUUAUGCCUCAUUGUCUAUCGUUUAUUCCCCUGUCGUUAUGAAACGGC